GAUAACUUAAUUUCGAAUCGGUGUUAAUUGGAGUUUUGCGGAGAAUGCGAAAAAAUCGACCCCAUUUUUCCAGUUUGGUCAGCGAGCGAGACGACAAGAAUCUGGAUUAGCGACGAUCCAGAUAAGCGCACUGUUGUGAUUUUCGCCUGGUGGACGUUAUCGAACAUGUGUGGGAGUAGGAAUCACGUAGUGUGUGAAGGUGUUGUUGGGAAGCUGGGAAAAAGGCGUUUCGAAGCACUGUGAGGCGUUGCUGGGCUCGUGAUGCUAAACUUUCGUGUUUAUCGGGCGAAAGAUCCAGGCAAAUUAGGAACGUCUGCAUAGUCCGUGUGAGCAGCUGCCCUCUCUGAGCAAUAAAUAAUGGACUAUAUUCGCGAAUUCGACAUCCAGCUGGAUAAAGAGCAGUACUAUGCAGGGGAAACCGUGUGCGGAAAAGUCAUCCUGGACACAAUUGAGAACUUCCAAAUGAAAAGUAUCAGGGUGGCCCUGCGUGGAAAAGCCCACACCGAAUGGAAAGUGAUGCUUUCCGGCGACAGACGCACGGUGAAAGAGGACCAGUACUUCAUCGAUCAACGACAAACGAUCUGGGGCGAAAAACACGCGAUCGGCAAAAAGUCGAUUAUCCCCAGAGGGGUGCACAAAUUCCCAUUCAGCUUCGAUCUUCCCGAAUCCGCCUUACCCUGUUCGUUCGAGAGCCGCGUGGGGCAAAUCCGCUACUUUUUCAAAGUGAUCAUCGACAUACCGUACGCCAGUCCGCCACAAGGGAUGAAAUACUUCACGAUCAUUGGGCCGCAUAUCGAUUGCAUGGACGAACACUAUUUGAAACCCAUUGUGUUGGAGAAGCGCCGCUCCACAUGCUGCUGGUGCUGCAAGCGCGGCACCGUCUCAUUGAAGUCGGUGUUGGAACGCUGCGCUUACGUCUGCAAGGAGAGCAUCAAAUUGAAAGUGACCGUCGACAAUCAGGGCGAGGAGGACGUAUGGUUACGGAUUAGGCUGGAGCAAAUAUGCGAAUAUUUCAUAGACCGGGGAGUCUUGGGAGUGUCCAAGGAACAGAAAAACCUUGUGCUGGAAUACAAGGGAAAUCCGGUAAAGGCCCAAAAAAAAAUCAAGUGGGACAGCGGAARCGUGCUGGUCAUUCCCGUGGUGCCCACAACGCUAGUCAAUAUAUGCCGGCUGAUCCAGAUUUACUACGUUUUAACGGUAAGCCUGGAUACGGCCAAAGAAACCGACUUGGUGUCGGUCAAUAUGCCCCUAACCAUCGCCACAGUGCCGUUCCGAAUACCCAACAGUGGGCUAAAUAAAACCAUAAAAUACGAGCCAGCAAGCACGCAUGUGGAAGGCGGCCAGUACUUGGCUCCAGAUUUCCUGCUCGGGCAGGUUUACGAUGGCAACGAACACUACUUAAGAGAACCGAUCGUUUUGUAUAAGCCGGUCUAUGUAACGAUAGACAAAUCUGAGUAUACAGAGUACUAAAACCGGCAGCAAUUCUUCAGCGCUACAGGGUAUUCCAGUCAGCUUUACGUUUUUCGCUCCCUAUGUAAGUUUAUCAAGACUGAGCCAGACAACCGACACUUAUUUUGCGUAUUUUCUACAACAUACAUACCGGAUCGAAUGUGCACAAACGUCUAUUUUUACGCAUUUUACAAAGACUUUUUUAAUAGGCUGUCGCCGACAGGAAUGUGGUCCUGACGUUUCGCUCGCAUGCAUGGCAGCAUCUUCAGAGGUUUGUUCGAACUCAGAACCCCCCCAAAUCCCUAUCGGCGACUGCCUAAUAACCGGAAAAGUCUCCAACUAUUCAAUAAUAAAGUUGAGUGGAUUUGCGAAACUAUUUAUACAGACUUUUCUCAAAAACUAAAUUAAAUUUAAAAAAUUGAAAAUUUGUCUGCCUCAAAACUCGGAAAUUUUAAGCGGCGAGAGUGUCAACUUGGAACGUAGCUAGGCGCAAUGCGCCCAAGUGCCCAUGCGUGCGAGUGAGAUUACCGAUGCAGGCUACGUUCCCGCAUGGGAAAAUCGACGAUUGAGUAACCGUAGUAAAUGUUAGCAAAAUUAGCAAAAUUUAAAUCAAGUAAAUGUUGUGCCCUUUUUGGUGGUUUGUGAUUGUGAUACGGUACUUUUCGGCCCCUCUUCCCUCUACCCACAACGUUAAUUAUUUAUUUAUAGAUUUGUUUCUACUCUUGAUGUACGCGUAUUUUCCUAUAGACGUAAAACUAGUAGAUUAACCCCAUACAAAUUAUAUGCAAUGUUAAUGUUGUGGCUUAUUGAGCCGGUGUGUAAGCAAAUCUUGAUUUUCCAAUUAUAUACACAGUGAACCAAACUAGGUUAGUUAACUGGCUCAAUAAGCCACCAGCCGUAGGCCAAAUGUGUUAUAACGUAACAGCGAAAAAGUGUAUUUGAUGUUAUUUGUAAUAAAUAAAUAAAUAAAAAAAACCCUUAAAGUAAACUGGCGCAACGUGGCACUACGAAGAUACUAAACUAGCAACUAGUCUAUAAAUGAAUAAAGCCCUAUGUUUAUAGA